AUGGAGCCAAUCGACGAAGAAUCUAGAUUAAUUUUCACAUCGACCAUCAAGAAUUACAUACGAGUCUGGUUCCUGUACGCAAUAAGUGCCAUGCCUGCUGCACUCAGAACGGACGAUGAAAGCGAAGUGAAGAAAGAUGAUUUCCUACAAUAUUUCCAAUCCACUGGAGAACAGGCUUCUCGCACCCUCGAGAAUAUGAAAACUACCAUUAAAUAUGCAAUAAAGCAUGAGAAUGACCCGAAUGCGAUAGGAACUAUGGAUCCCACGUCAUUUGAAUCACUGAAAACCCAUAUGUAUUGUAGCACAAAAUGGUGGCCUGCAAAACUCAAUGAUACCGAAUCGUUCGCGCAUGCCAUCUCAGGUCUCCAAUAUGGUGCGGCAUAUGCCAAGGCAUGGAAGCAGUCACGACGAGGAGAAACAACCGAGCGAGGCUCGUCUCACCAACAACAGACUGAGUUGAGUGAUUUGCACGAGACGACCGACAUACCUUCCCAGUCAUCUGAAGAAGAAAGGCUGCUCAACUUAGCAGAAUCGUCACAAGGAGACAAUCAAGUGAGAGAUGACCCGGAAACCGAAACAGAUUUAGUGAUGUCGAGUUACUCCCCAGAAGGGAGAGGAUUGGGUGGGAACGGAUCGGAAGAUGGGGACGAGUGGAAGCCUACAGUUAUGUCGGAAGAAGAGCUGAGACACUUAAACAAAAACCUCUUCCCUAAUCUCCGUCGCCCUGCUAGCCCGUGA